GCUCCGUGCUCUGUAAUUCUAUCUGCGUUUUAAAUAUGGAGUAGAAACUAGUAAACACAAGAUUAAGAAUAACUUGGCUACUGUGGACCUUUUCAGAAACCGUGAAGGUGUGUUAGCCUAGCCUGAGGCUAAAUGUAAUGGCAUUAUUGAAGUAGCCUCUCCUCACAGUGUGAGACAGAAGCAGCGGCAGGGGGAGGGAUAUGGGAGGGGUUGAUGUAGGUGAUAGUGCCUAGUUUAGCACUUUGCAACAUGAUCCACGAAGAGGCCGGGCUCUGCGGUGCUGCAUCCUGCCACUCCGCACCACAUGGAGACCGGAUAGAGACACAGUGAGACGGGGAAUGAUAAAGAAAGUGGACACAUCUUUCUCCUCAGUCGGCUGGCUACAUCAACCCGCGCAGCAUCAGCAGCUCCUGACAAAGCAAAGGCGCAGAAAGACAUGAAGGCGACAGGAAGGGCUGCUGGUGCUUAUUGCGGUCUGCGUCAAACCCCCAGUUCCUCCAGGAGAUGAUGCCCUCUGUGCCUCUUAAAGGACUUUUUUGGGUUGUUUUUGGCUACCCAUGCUGCAGGGGUCCAUGUUAGUGUCGUGGGGGGUAACAUCCACGACAGUGAUGGUCUCCCCAUCUACAGCAUCUGCAUUGUGAGGAGAGACGUCCAGUGGGAGUGGGAAUUUGAAGGAGCAUGCAGAGAUAAAACAAAAAACAGAAAGCAAGAAAGAAAACAACAGGUUAAGUAGUCGUAUCCAAACAGAGAAGUAGCUGGAUUGUUUGUUUUGGGGAUUUUUUUUUGUUUUGUUUUUGUUUUGCCAACAUGAGUUCGCUGUUUUUUUCCGACUCUUUGCCCGGUCCGGUCUGCAGCGUCCCUACCGGGUCGGGCGCGGUGACCAGCGCCCUGCGAAACGACUUGGGCUCCAACAUCCAUGUGCUGAAAACCCUCAACCUGCGAUUCCGUUGCUUCCUUGCUAAAGUCCACGAACUGGAGAGGAGAAACAAACUGCUGGAAAGCCAGCUUCAGCAAGCUCUGCAGAGACCGCAAUACCGCCACCCGUUCACCCGUGAGGUCGCCGUGCAGACGGACGGUCCCGAGUCCAGACUACCGGGCACCAUCUGGAGUUUCACCCACGUCUGGAAACAGGGGGAGCGCUUUGAGACCCUGCACGCACCCGGGGUGACGUGGACGCAUCCAGACGGAGUUGGGGUCCAAAUUGACACCAUCACCCCAGAAGUGAGGGCUCUCUAUAAUGUGCUGGCAAAAGUCAAGCGAGAGAGGGACGAGUACAAGAAAAAAUGGGAAGAAGAGCUGUCUAAACGGGAGCAGCUGGAGUCGACGGUGAAAUCCCUGCAGCAGAGCGCCCAGGAGUCAUCAGAGAUCCAGGAUGAACUGAAUGAGAAGGUGGACAGACUGAAAGCUGAACUUGUGGUCUUCAAGAGCCUGAUGAGUGAUCAAAUGUCUGACCUGGACUCAAAGAUCCAGGAGAAAGCCAGACGGGUGGACAUGGACAUUUGCAGGCGGAUCGACAUCACGGCCAAGUUGUGUGACGUGGCUCAGCAACGCAACUCAGAGGAUAUGUCAAAAAUCUUUAACGUCAGCCCUGCCAGAUCAAUCCCAGAAAAGGGUGCUGCGGCGUGCUGCAGGAGAAAAGAGCGUAAAGCGGUGUCUGACGAGGAGAAUUCGGAGAUGGAUGCCGAGCCGAGCACUUCAGAGGAGGAGGUUCCUGCAUCGCUCAACAUCACAGAUGAGAUGAAACGUGUGCUCAACCAGCUACAUUGUUCAGAUAACUCCUUUGUUGCUAGGCGCGAGACGUUUGAAAUCGACGAUGACUGCGACAGCCUGACGUGGGAAGAAAAUGAGGAGACUCUGUUGCUGUGGGAAGACUUUGCAAAUUACAACGUGCCAUGCGCCAUUGCCACGACAGCCUGCACGACGGCCUGCCCCUGUGAUGGUGGCGGUGAAGCGGCUGAUCCGGAUUCCCAAGAUGGAAGUCUUGGCAGCCUCAUUGAUGAGACAGAGUCCCUAUUUAAGACCAGAGAGCAAGAGUACCAGGAGACCAUUGGUCAGAUUGAGAUGGAACUGGCCACAGCAAAGAGCGACAUGAACCGUCACCUGCAUGAGUACAUGGAGAUGUGCAGCAUGAAGCGAGGCCUCGACGUGCAGAUGGAGACCUGUAGGCGGAUGAUUAAAGGCGGCAGGAACUCUCCUUCUAUCAGCUCUGUGGCCAGCAGCGACUCAGGGAACACAGACGAGAUCCAGGACGAGAUCUCUGACAAGGACGCAGAGGCUGAAGUCCCUAUUAGUUGAUGGCUGCACUGCUGGGUUCUGUCCAAUUACCUCCUGUUAAUCAUGGGGGUUUAAAUGCAUAAAGACCUCCACCAAACUGGAGGUGUAAUAACAUAAUCUGGGUCUGUUUGACAAGCCCAGAACUGGUGCUUGUAUACAAUUUUUGUUGUUAAGAAAAUGGUGGUGGGGUUGUGUCUUGGCUUCAAAAAGAGAAAGGAAUGAAUUCAGAAACCAAGCUGUGCUCUCCUCCUCACUGCUGCCUUGCUGGAUCCUUGUCCAGGUCUUCACAUCAUUGUCAGGAGGAGAAAACAAAAAAGAAAAAAUCCUGUACACUGGCUAAAAAAUAUUUUCUACCCUAUUAUGGUCCUUUUUUUCUAAAGGAAUUAAAUACAGUACAUAUUGUACUCUCUAAUUAACAAACUAAAUCAUGUCCAUCUUUUAAAUUUGAUCAUAUUUAUGUAAGAUAAAACAUUGGUUCCCCCUGAUUGGCAUAUGGUUUUGUUCCUAUGUUAUUUUAGUCCAGAUGCGGUAUUUACAGUCCAAAUUAACGGUUGGGAUUUAAGUGUCUUCUGCCAAGGAGACAAAAGGAAGUGGAAACAAAUGGUGUUGAAGUUCUGGCGGUUUCUGAGGGAACUCUGCAAGCUUGCCAAAGUUGACAGAGGAAAGGAGCACAGCCUUUUGAUGCAUCGGUGCACUACUGAAGUUCUAUGCAAUUUAGCUGGCCGUAUUUUUUGGACUGGCUGUCACCCUACUUAUUUCUUUUCUUAAAGCCAUUAGCCUUUCAAGCAAAGCAGGUGUUUUUUAUGUAUGUUAAACAGUCCUAUAAUAAUCCUUUUUUUUCAGGGGGGACUUGUUUUAAUGAUUGUCAACUGGAACAGUGCCCCCUUAUCUAUCCAAGUGUUUGCCAGAUGUAAUUUAAUGCUAAAGUGGGGAUCGCAUAGGCCUGAUUUUCAGAUGAAUGUCUCUGAGGAAACAUCAGCUUUCAUCCUUAAAAAAUAAAAAUAAGUUACAUUAAAAGAAAAUUGUUCAAAUGAAUGACAAAUACAAUCAAAGCCAAACAACUCCCCGAAACUUUUUAGAAAAACCAAAGGACACUUUAAAAAGCUUCUCUUCCCAUUAACCUUACAUAACAUUAUUUUUAAUCAUUUCAUUUUAAGUUUAACUUUAUUUUUAAUGUGAGAUUUCAGUUUGAGUUGCUAUACUUGUGUUUGUAAGCUAUUUCCUUCUGUCCUGCAAGGGGACUCUGUUGCAGACAAGUUGCAUUUCCUGCUUUGUUUCUUCUGAAUGGGGCUAGAAACGUCAGGGCUGUGUAAGCAGCUCUAGGCAUGUGAUCGUACAUACCCCAGGGGCCUUUUUGUGCUUAUAUUAGUCUUUUUUGCUAUGGAUUUUGCUGCUUACCACAGAAACUGAUUGACGCAUGGGGACAGAAGUGAUCUUUUUAUUCUUAUGUAUGUACAUUUUGCUGGAUCAAAGAUUAAGUGCUACUUCUAUCUUGAAGUUUUUCAGAGGCAGAAAGUUGAAAUAUUGGCCUUUUGUCUAAGCAUGCUUGUAGGGAGGACAGGAGCUAUGGGUCUUUUUAUAAGGUAAUAUUUUGAACUAAAAAGCUGCAAUACAGACUGUACGCCAUGUUUUUAAUCAAAAGUGUCUAUCCUAAUCAUUACAUAACGAUACUUGUGGGAGAAUGUGUAUUUUUCACUAUUUUUAAUCAGUAUGUGUUAACCAAAAACUGUGUCGCCAUUUUCAUCUUUUCUUAAUUCUGUAGGAACAUUAAAUUUAUUCCCAAGUUUUGCUCAUUUAGUGACACUUAACUCUUCACAUGCCAUAAUUCUAAAUCUAACUCUUAACAUCAGACGAGAGCGAGGAGCUGCCUCACUCACAGAAAACAUGUCAAACUUUGAUGCGAGUUGAUAUAAAACCAGCCUGAUAAGUAACAAAGAGCCUUUCUUUUAUUGGUACUGUACUUUGCAGCGGCGAUGAUUCGCGUUAUUUAAUGACUGUAUGGCAUCUAGGAAAGAGCAGGUUGCUCUCUUUGACACAAAAACUCCGACCACCACUAUAACCAGCUGACCAAAGCAAACGUCUACAGUAAUGUGACAAAAUGUACAUGGAGCUAUGAUCCUGCAAACUCUGGAAAGUUGUGCAGUCUCUGUCUCAGUGUACACAGGUGUUUUUUUGCAGAUUUAUUCUAUUAGAAUAUGGUUUUCCCAACAGUAGUCAUUCAUGAAAACUUUUUGACAUCAAAUGCAUUGUCUCCAUCAGCUGCAGCAGGUUCCACAUACAUCAAAUGGAGAUAUUGUAGCAACUCUUGUUUGUUCGGUGUAGCUUGACUGGAGGUAUCUUCUAAAUAUCUUACAAGUAAAUGCUGAGCAAAAACAUGUAGCUAUUAAAAACCCAGGGAUACAUGGUGUUCUGUUACUCACUGGAGACCUUGGUAUGUUUUGCUUUACUAAAGUUCUCAACCUGACCAAUUUACAGUGUGAUCAACGUGUAUGUAAACUAGGUCCUGGUGGAUGUGAAUGUUUCAUAUUAAAUUAGGUUUUAUACCAGCGGUUUUUAUCCGUGAAACACUGGGAUUAUAUAUGGAUGUGUUAACUGUUAUGUCCACAUACAGUUUUACCUGCAUAUGUGUCUGCUGUUAAUGUCAUUAUCUUUUAAUAUCACAUACAGGACUGGGAGUUAAAGGUUGCAGCAACAUUUGGGUAAAAGCUGCUGAACUGUAUCGAAAACUGGUCUUCAUGUUUGUUCUGCCCUGCAGGCAGCAUCCUGUUCAUUUGAAUGGCUGAUUUAUCUGUUUAUUUGAAUGCUUUUCUCUUUCUUAGAUUUGUAAAUUUAUAUUUUGGUUUAAACUAUUCAUAUAAUGUAUUCAUGUGGGUGUAGGGCAAACUUAGUUUUAAAGUUAUGAAUGUACUCAAUUGAUAUUGGGGUAAAAUAAAAUAAAGUGGUGGAUUGGUA